UGGGCAGCCAGUGGGGAAUUAUUCCACAUCGCAUCACGUGCCUUACAUUGCGUCCUUAUAUUAAAGAAACGUUGCAUUUGCUCAUAUUUAGUGAAUUAAGAAUUUCCUAACAGUCAUUUUCGAAUUCUGGUAACCUUGGCAGUCAGGUCGAAUUAGACGGGUAUUUAUAUAGACCUCCAUUGCGAGAUCGUGGAAACUGUAUGUGUUUCGGCUCACAUGAAUCCUGGCCAAUUCCUGCAAAUAUUGCCACCAGAGCAAAUGUGUAUUUACAUCCUUAACGUUUUCGGCAUGUAGGAUGGUAUGAGGGAACGACCCGGCAAGCCAAUGGGAAUAUAUGUAUAUUUUAAUACACGCUUGUCGAGAUGGAGACAUCAAUGAGAUGACCUGGGAACUCAAAAUCAGACCAAAUUCACUAGACGACUAAGGACCUUAUUCCAACUGUGUGCAGCAACACUUCAUUCAAACGCAGAGAAGAGCAAUCUCAUUGCUGAGCCAAUGUGGAAGCUGCACCUUCAGAAUGGCAUGACUUAUUUCCUUGCCUGGAUUUCAGCACACAGUCAGAUCUACCAGGACAGAGUAUGCCAUCUGCAUCUUUCCACAGAAUUCUGCGACCCUUUCUACUUGGCACCUUUCUACUGGGCUGUUUUGUGACUUUGUUUUUGAUGUACUUUAAACCGUCAACUAGCUGGCUAUCAGGUCCUGUAGAGUCAACAGCAUCCACUAUCCAAGUUAAAAACCUCUUCUCUACCAAGGGUGACAAAAACCUUACCACAGUACUUGUCUGGCUCUGGCCCUUUGGACAGACCUAUGACCUGGGUAUCUGCAGCUCUCUGUUCAACAUUGAGGGCUGUUUCAUCACAGCAGAUCGGAACCUAUAUAAUAAGUCAGAUGGGGUCGUCAUACAUCACAGGGAUAUCUGUACUGAUCUCUCCAACCUGCCCCCCCUUCAGCGUCCCUCCUUCCAAAAGUGGAUAUGGAUGAACCUAGAGUCACCAUCCCACUCCUCUCAGCUGCCCGGAAUUGAAAACUUGUUCAAUUUAACUCUGAACUAUCGUCAGGAUGCUGACAUCGAAGUGCCUUACGGGUCGAUUGUGACGGCCCAAGGGGAUGAGGAUUUCGUGCCACCGAGCAAAAGCAAGUUGAUCUGCUGGAUUGUCAGCAACUGGAACCAGGAUCACGUGCGAGUGAAGUACUACAACGAGCUCUACAAAUAUAUUGAGGUUCAUGCUUAUGGACAAGCCUUUGGAGAGUACAUUGCAGAUCAAGAAUACUUUCCUACCAUCGCCAGUUGUAAAUUCUACUUGGCGUUUGAGAACUCAAUUCACAAAGACUACAUCACAGAGAAACUGUAUAACCCACUCUCUGUAGGGACGGUGCCUGUGGUUUUAGGCCCACCAAGACCAAACUAUGAGAACUUUGUCCAGGGGGGAGCCUUUAUCCAUGUGGAUGACUUCACCUCACCCAAAGAGCUGGCUGAUUAUCUCCUGCUCUUGGACAAGAAUGAGGAAAUGUAUCUCAGAUACUUUGAGUGGCGACGGCACUUUAAGGUGAAAAAGGCAUACUUCUGGGCCGAACACACAUGCCUCGCUUGUGAUUAUCUCAGAAGGCACAAGGAGUACAAGGCAUUCAAUAACCUUGAUAAAUGGUAUUGGGGUGGAAUGCCUUAAAGGGCCAUGAAAUUGUUGUUUUGCAGUUGGAGGCAUUGCUUUAAAAUAUAUUCAGUCAUUAUGUAUGCGCCAACAUGUUUUUCUCAUUGUUUACUGGGGCCCAAAUUAGCCAUUCUCUUUUUUAUUUUGUUGCCAGACAGAUUUUCUCAGCCUUACUUUGCCUUUUGCAUUUUAAUUAAAUCAUGAUUUAUGUUGUCAUUUGCAAUGUAUUUAAUUUUUGUUAAAUAAAAUCUCAGUUUUCUACAGUACAUGACCAAAGGUAUGUGGACACCGGCUCGUCGAACAUCUCAUUGUUGGUCCCCCAU